AUGUUAUUUGUUUCUCAAGAAUUGUGUGAUUGUGAAUUCCUUGUAGGUACUGAAAAGGUUAAGAUCCCAAGUCACAAAUUAUUUCUGGCUAUGUCCAGUCCUGUAUUUUAUGCAAUGUUUUUUGGUGAGAUGGCAGAAAGAGAAUCUGUUGAAAUCAAAGACAUUGAACCUGAUGCAUUCAAAGGAAUGUUACAGUAUAUUUACACGGAUCAAGUGGAGUUUGAAUCUUGUGCACAUGCUUGUGCCGUGUACACUGCUGCCACCAAGUAUCUCCUUCCCUACCUGGAAGAGUACUGUAUAAAGUACCUUCUUGGUAACAUCGCUGCAAACUCUGCUUGUGAACUCUUUGAGUUUGCCUUAUUCCAUGAUAACUCUGAAAUCAAGGAUACAUGUUUGAAGGUAAUUCAUUUUUAAAACAUUUAUUUCAAGGUUAACCAAUAUAAAUGUU